UAGUUCCGUCUUCACGAUUUCCAGCUUUGUUGGGGGCCCUUAGGUUAGCUUGAUAUUAACCUUUUUUACUACUGCAAACAGUGUUUUUAGGAAUACCCGUUCUUUUUUACUAGACAUUGCUGCAACAAAAUUGGAUACAGAUUUGUAACUCCGCCAAAGACUAUAGUUACUAGAUCAGUGGGUUUGACUAGCGAACACUUUCCAUGCUUUUACGGUAACUUCAUCUCUUUCAAUCCGCUUUUCGGUCUUACAAGAAAGCCCGUCGACUGCUGACAUGUUUGCAAGUGCAGCUCUAAGAAGAGGCGUUACUGCCCAUCGCUUAAGUAAGAAUGCCACCUUCUACCUGAAUGAAGCAAAAUUUGCAGUCCCUGGAUGCCGGACCCCAACCUCAGAGCAUCACAAACCCCUGCUGCUGAUGUUACCAUGGUUGGGUUCACGUCCCCAAGCACUGGAUAAGUACUGCGACAUCUACUUCAAAACAGGCUUUGACGUGCUUGUGUUUGAGAGUGGGGUACUUGGGUUCCUCUGGCCACGCUGGGGUCUGGAGCACGGAAGGAUGCUACUGGACCUGCUGGAGAGUGAGCGCUUCGUGUCCCGCCCCCUACUUGUACACGCCUUCUCCAUUGGUGGCUAUACAUUCUCCCAACUGCUUGUACAUGUGUCCAAGGAUGCACGUAAAUAUCAGGCAUUCACGAAAAGGAUCACAGGACACAUUUAUGAUAGCAUGGUGGCAGGGUCCCUGGAGCACAUGGCAACAGGUUUGGGGAAAACUGUAUUCCCAAAAUGUGAGUCACUGAUAAAAUAUGCAGCCCUAAUGUAUUUCGACAAGUUUAAAAGCCAGACAGUGGACCACUUUGAUACAUGCUUGGAUGUGUUUUGGAAUACUCCCGUCACCACUCCUGCACUGUUGUUCUAUUGCAACAAUGAUCCACUGUGCGACCCACGAACUUUGACCAAUUUGGCAGAUUAUUGGCGACGGCGUGGGCUGGAUGUUACGGAAAAGAAGUGGGAAGAUUCAACUCAUGCCGGUCACUUUAAGAGGCACCCAGAGGAGUAUCUGUCCACAAUUGACACAUUCGUCAGGUCUCUCAAUUUUACCGUACUCAAGGCCAAGUUAUGAGGUGUUUCCCAAACAAUGCUGUGCCAUAGGAACUUGAGUUUUCUGUGUAUUAACCUCAAAUGUUUUAAGCUCUAGUGGGCUACUGUACUGGGAAAUUUGAAUUUUUGCACUAAUUGGCAACUAAUGAAGGUACAACAACAGUUCAGUUAAAAUACUUAAUAUACACAGUUCGACAAACUGCGAAUCAAAGUAUAUCAAGAAUAAAAUGCUUUAUAAAUGGAUUACAACACUGAUUUCUUAGUGGUGGAUGAAUGUUGCAGCGUGACAUCUGGUCAGGAGUGCCUUAAAACUUGAUUUCAGAUUUUUACACUCACACUUCUGUUGAAGAAUCCUGAGUAAUUUCUUUGGAUUCUAAUGUUAACACAUAAAUAUAGUUUUCCAUAUUUAAAAAAAAAAUUCUAUUAACUGUCUAUUAACUGAAACUAAAUGACUGAAGACAUCCUCGCAGUGAUAUCUUUAGGUGUAAUUUGACAGGUGAUACAAAUAUUUGAUACUUCAAAAUCUCAUUUGAAAUGCUGUAACCAGCAUAAUUUGGCAUCUUCAUAUUACUAAAAUAUAAUGGUUUGCCAAAAUUGUUUGUUUUCUGUUGACUCGGGUCAUUACAGCUCAGUGUGGUUCUUUAGCCUUUUAACUUUGUAAGACAUUCAGUGCUGUUCUCAGUUAAAUAUAUGGCGUAAAUGUGUACAUCAUUGCAUUUUUGCACAGCUUCUUUGGAAAUGGGCUUGUACAUUGGAGUAUGUUUUAACUGUACUUCGCCCCUCACAAAAGCAAAUUUUCAAAACAAAUAUGAACUUUGCAUUUUCCUGUUUUUUUAAUGCUUUCUUGGAGAUGAAUGUAAACGGUCGGGAAAAGAUGUGAACAGAGAUGCUACAAGCAUACAAACUACAGGUGCUUUUAUUCGUGAAACACACUACAGGUCAAGUCAGGUGUUUGAUAUUUUAAGUGCCUAAAGCAGGGGACAGCAUGAGCGUGCUUAUUAACUUGGGCACACAAACCAAACAGUUUCAAAUAUUUAAUGUUUAGGUCAUUUCUUUGGAUGCUUGAGUUCAAAGUCAUGACAAUUCUCUGGUUUCAGCCUCCUACAUGUGAUCAGUUGCUGCAUAUAUAGUGCUUCUGGAUAUUUCUGAUGUGUUUGAGACAAGGUUAAUCAUUCGAAUGAUCAGCAAAUUAAUUUUUGUAUUAUUGAAUAUUUUAGUAGUUUAAUGUUAGUUUGGCAGGCACUGCACAGUACACAGAAGAAACAAAAAAAGGAGACAUUAGCAUGAAUACAGGCGAAACACUGCAAAAGUUGAAAUGUGUAAGCCUAAUUAAUAAAUUCAGAUGUUCCACUAGCACCACAGAAAUGUUUUUUUUUUAAUCAGCAAAGCUGUCAGGAUGUUCAGGGAAACGCUCAGAAACCACCUGAAGUGUACUUUACAUUUUCCUUCUCAGUCAAGGGCUAUUUUUUGUUUAGGAACAUCAGCAGUAAUAUUUGCUGCUAGUUGAUUAUGUUCUCAUUUGAAGAUGUAAAACCUCCUUGAAUAAUUUUAAUACUGAGUUGCUCCUCUUUCUGAUUUCCUGCUUAUAACUACAUCAUACUGUGUAAACUGAAGUAAAUGCAAUACUACUUUACCUUCUGCUGUUUGCUUCUUACGCAAAGCAUUGACUCUGUUUACCUUAAGAAAGCACAUCACUUGUUACUCCAACCUUAUUUUGCCAAAAGUCUAGCAAGAACUCACGGGUAUUUGCUGAAGCUAACGUUCACAAAAGUAUAUGUUCUAUGAAUUUUAGGUCUCUCUCUGUGUUAAACUGUACCUCUAUGAAUGUGUCUCUGUAGUAUUCUUGAAGGAUGUAACUAGUUAAAUUUGGGAAAAUGCUGUCUUUUCAGUUGAUCUUUUUAAUCAUUUUAAUAUAAAAGAGCUGUAAGUUAAAGGAGUUUGUGCACCAUAUUAUGAAACCUCUAACACUG